AUGGCGAAUAGCGAAGAUGUUAUCGUGCCAGCGGACCUGGAAGAUGACGUUGCUGGGUCAGCAUCGGCGUUGCGCGUGUCGCCAUGGGCCCUUUCGCCCGUUCUGGUGCCCACGGCAGUGGCCACAUCGCUUGACAUUGCCCUCUCCAGCUUCUCCCUCGCGCUCGUCACCCGCACCUUCUACUCCAUGUGGCGUGUGGUGCUCCCAGUGGCGGGGGAGACGGAGUUUGAGCUGCUGGGCUUCAUCCUCGUCAUGCUGGCCUCAUUCAUGGCGGGUCUCCGAUGGGUGCUGCUGCAAGUGCUCCUCCAGCCCCAGCUCCACAGUGCCUGUGUGCUUUGCUUUCUCUCCCACACGCCACAAUCCUCCGGUUUCUCACCCUUCCUCGCAUAUUUGCUAUGGUCACGCCAUCCUCAUGCCACUAUCUCCUUUCCAGUCCUCCUAGUUCCCCUUGCCUCCCACCAACCGCAAGUCCGCCCUCCCUCUACCCCAACAGGCCUGACCAACCCGCUGCUCACGUUGCUGCAGUAUCUGGCGCCCGUGAUGGCGCUUGUGUGUGGCAUCUUCUCGCUGCUGCACGAGCCGUGGUCCUCGCUCGCCUCCUUGCCCUACUUUGACACGUGGCCUCACGCCCUCUGGACCCUCGCCGUCAUGCCCGUGGGGGGCGUCCUCGCCUUCUGCAUGCUGGGCUGUCGCGCAACAAGGCACGUGAGUCUGAAGGCCAUCAGGUGCACGCGCUCAGUGAUGAGCUCCUCCCUCACCACCCGGGGGCAGGCCCUCGGACCAACUCUAGCUGUCUUUUGA